AUGAGUAAAAUCCCUGUUCAAGAGAUGAAAUAAUAUCUGGAUUAAAGGAUAGAUUAUAAUUCUCAUAUCACUUAAGUGGCAAUGAAGAAACUGGGAUUGACUCAACGAGCCUUGCAAAGAAUGAAUUAUUUAGAAUACAUGACAUCAAAUACGAGUUAGCAAGACUAUUUUUUAUAUUUGCAUGCUGUUGCAAUGAACAUUAAAAAACUUCAAUAAGAAAUCGUCAAAAUGAGUUUGAAAGAUAAAUCGAUCGAUUGCACUGAUACAGGAAAUGUUGAAGAAAUAAUUGCUCUACUUGAUAAAAGAAUGAAGCACAAAAAUCACACUAGUAGUCAACCUUGCGUAACUUCUAAUAGAGAUAGGACAUGUGAAAGGGAUGACUCAAUAGGUUGUGAAAUUAAGGCUAAAUAAAAAAUUAUCCGAUUAACUAAUUAAGGAAUCAAAUCUAUCACAGAAAGGGAUACUCUAAAACACAAUUCAACAGCAAGUUAGAAUUCUAUUUGUGAUUCCUCAAGUCCUGAAAAAUUCAUUUUGAAAAAAUUGGUGAUUUCAAAUAAUCAAAGCAUUGCUGACCUAUUUUAGAAAUAAUAGGCUUCGAUUGAUGUAAGCACAAUGGAAAAAUUAAAUGAAUCAAUGCGAAAACUAUUACCUGAUAAAAACUUAGUAAUAAUGACAGGAAUCAAGCAUAGAAUAAAAGACAGCUAAAAUCACAAAAAGUCAAUGGAUGAGUUUAUGUAGAAAAUAACAAAGCUUAGGAGUCUUUCUCAACAAUCCAUAGAUUCUGAGAGGAAAUUACCCAGCUUAAAUAUCAAACAAACUUAGCAAAAGCAACCAAACUUGAUUUCAACAAAAUUAGAAAUGAUGUUAAGAAAAGAAAAAAUGAUUAGAGAGGAACCUUUGAAGAUACAUCAAGUAAAGUUAGGUAAUAUUAUGGGUGUGAUAUCAAAAAUACGGAAUCAACAAACUAAAUGGAGAAUGUUUCAUCAACUAAAUAAUGAUCAAUCAUGA